AAAGGCGGUAAUUGUAUCUGAUUAAAGGUUGUUUUCUGUGUUUGUAAUGUGUUAUUGGCACUUGAGUUUUAAGCUUUCUGUGAGCAUUCUUGCAAUUCUGCACAGCAAAACAGAUGUAGUGAAGAACUUUCGGUGUUGUUGUCUGUGAUCUGGUCAGACUUUCCUAUAAAUACGUGACGCCUUGCUGCACACGAUAAUGAUACCCUUGGCUUUCCUGAGGAAAAUGGAUACAUACGAACUUUCAUUUGGUGAUGCUACGGUAAAGGUGAAUGUAAUCGAUCAUCCUUCUAUACUUGAGGAGAAGUUGUCCGAGUUUAAGUGUAUGCUACGAAAACGUGUCGUUGGAGUUGGGUUCGAAAGUAAAUGUGCGUGGGUGGGGUCCGUGUGCUAUCCCCGAUGGUUAUUGCUGUGUGGCGGGAGUCGUUUUCUGAUGAUUGAUUUAAAAAAAUCGAGUUGUUCGGAUAGUUUGAGGAAGUUUUUGACUGAUGAAACUAUAUGCUUUGUGGGGUUGAGCCAAAAAGUAGCCGACGACAUGAUGAAACUAGAACAUAUUAACUGUAAAAGUUUUGUGGAAGUUGGUUAUUUGGCUGCUCGGGUGCUGAAGAAAUCCAGCAUCCAAUCUUACGGACUGGAAAACCUGGGUGCAGAAGUUGGCAUUGACGUUAAACCCAAACCUGUAAGUUGUACACAAUUUGAUGACUGGGCUGAGAUCGCUAUGUUCCUCUCGAAGGAGCAGAUAAAAUGCGUCAUCCAUGACGUUUAUUACUCCUUUAUUAUCGGUCACGAGCUCUUGGGCAUGCUUUAAAGUGGAAAUUAAUUUUUUAUCAAAGUUGAAAAGCCAAGAGUAACUAUAUAUGAUAACUAAUUAGUAGGAAAUUCUAUCGUUGGUUGUGUUUUGUUUAACUUGGUAAUUAAGAAGUAACGGCAGUAUGUUAAUUGGAAAGCCUUUUUCAGUUUAUAUAUAUAUGUACUUGUUGGCUUGCGAUUUGUUA